AUGGUGGACGGGCGUUUUGCCUGUGUGCUUUGUGAGUCAUCACUCCGUCGAGGGGAGCUGAUUGAACCUUUCUCGGGCGGUCGUUCUGGCGGUUCUUGUUCUUUCUCACCGAGUAAACUCGGCGUCAGGCUAUUUUCGUACGGCCUUCUUAAGUCGGGUGUGGUUGUUUGGUCCUGAGCCCUACGAUUGUGAUGACGUAGGACUUUGUAAGCUGCAGGAAGGUCCAGAUGUCUGUUGAUAGAGUGGGCAUCGGAGAAUCACGCCUCCAGAGUUAGCCGUUCUGUUUUUUUGUUGCCUCGGCCUAAGAUGGUAGCCCUCUGGAGGUCAAAAGUAUGCCCCGUUUCUCCAACGUGUGUUGCUAGUUGAGAGUUAGGGUCUAACCUCCUCAUGAAAUGUCAACCAAAAUUUCGAAAUGCGUUCUCGUUUCGAAAAUAUAAAUUAAGUAGUGUUGUAAAACUAAUAAUGAUGCAGCAUAAAUCUAUAAUGAUCCGGUUACCACAGGGUGUGGGCUUUCGAAGGAACAUAUUUUCGGCUUCAUGCAAGAUCUAUACUCUGCAAAAAAUGACUACUUAAGUAGCAUGCAAUUUUCUCAUUGAUUUUCUAUGCCCUUGAAAAUUCAAUUAUAUGUCAUGGAAAACAGGCAUAAAAAUAUUCAUUCUUUCACUUAUUCGGUAGAAAAUCACGUCUUCUUCCAAUCUCUUACUCAAAAGAAGAGUAAAAUUCACUUUUAAAAAAGUUUCUAAUCGUGAGAUUUUUUAAUACCGUUAAAUGGCCGUUCAUGAAACGUCAUCUAUCUGGCGGAGUAAUGAUUGUUAAUUCCGCUUCUGAUCGAGCCUGUCUGUUUCUUGCAUGUCGUGCUGCCUUUGGCAUGGAGUCCUCGUCUGAGAUUGCUGCAAGACGUCGGAAUUCUACCCUAUGCUUUAAGCGCCUAUUGCUGAUUCUGAGCACCCCCUAACCUGCACACUAACAAUUAAUUUCAAGUUGUCUCUUUAACUCCCGAAACACCUACAGUGCGUGACCUAUCUCAUGAAAUGUUGGCUGAAAUUCUGAAAUGCGUUUUCAAUUAGGAAGGAUUACUUGGUCGCGGUUGUAAUACUGAUUAUCAUAAGGCAUGCUCUUAUAACAUUUUAGAUUCGGCAGGCUGUCAGCUUUUAAGUGCACUUCUUUUCAAUCUCCUGUAGAAAGCGUGCUCGGUAAAAAAGGACUACUUAAGUAGCAUGCAUUUUUCCCAUUGUAUUGCGACGGUCUUGGAAAUUCAAAUAUAUUUUAUAGAAACCAUAAACAAAAAUAUGCAUUCUUAUGGUGAAUCAAUAGAGAAUCACGUCUUCUUUAUAUCUUAUACUUCAAGAAGAUGUAUAAUUAGGUUUUAAAAAAAGCUUUCCAAUUGCCGAAAAAUUUGGAGCCUGAUCAUUCGUUGCAUUAGAGCUUAGUGAUUACACUCUACAAGGUGCAUGCGUUCCGCGUAAAGAAAAUCCCAUAUUUUUCUAUGUCAUUAAAGAGAUAUCAUACAGGGUCUAUAAAAUUUUGCAAUGGAUGCGGACCAUGUUGUACAUUUCAUGAGGAGCAGUGGUAAACGGCCAGGUACGAUGCUAUGUGAAUGGACAUAUCGCGGUCUUAAAAAGUCUCAUAAUUAGAAACUUUUUUAAAACCUAAUUAUACUCCUUCCUUAAGUAGAAAAUAUAAAGAAGACGUGAUUCUCUAUUGAUUGACUAAAAGAAAGCUCAUUUUUAUUUGUGGUUUCUAUAAAAUAUAUUUGAAUUUCCAGGACCAUCGAAAAUCAAUGGGAAAAGUGCAUGCUACAUAAGUAGUCCUUUUUUAUCGAGCAGAAGUGCAUUUAAAAGCCGACAUCCUGCCGAGUCCAAAAUGUUAUAAGAGUAUGCCUUAUGAUAAUCAGUAUCACAACCGCAACCAAGUAAUCCUUCCUAAUUGAAAACGCAUUUCAGAUUUUCAGCCAACAUUUCAUGAGAUAGGUCACGCACUGUAAUUUUGAGAUAAAUAGGUUUAGCUACCGUAGUAUAGUUGCAGUUCAGGCAGAACACCUGAUGUUGUUGGCUAGGGGCGACGUCUCUGAAGCCUACGAUUUAUAGUCUUAUACGGUUAAAUGCCUUGUUAGGCUUAUUUAAAAUUCUUCGUGGUGCAUAACUUAUAUUUGAUAGAUCGGUGAAGGCCUUCUAAUAGAAAUUCUGAUAGAGUUACCAUGUUUCGGAGUAUAGUAAGCGAUCUGCGGUAAAGGGUAUUGGAGGGUCAUCGGCUGACCGAACGGGUGACCAAGCAGUGCAAAAUGGGAAGGUCGGUGCUAUCCGUUUCAGAUUUCCCGCCGAGAUCUCCUGGUUAAACUUAUCUGAUCCAGCUCUAUCUCUAGUCCCAAAGCACAGCAGUCAUCUAUUGGCGGGCUUAAGUCCUCCUUCUUAGGAAGAGCUGCGAUUGAAAGAACGAGCUGCCGGUCCAUCCGAGAUGGAAGAAUUAUAAAGGUCGUCUUCAACAAAAUGUCAGUUGAUGAGACAUCUGAACGCUACUCUUUGGACGCAUGAAGGCCAGGGCCCGAAACACCGCUACCCUUCCACAAGCACAGUCAGUCAGAGUGUUUCGUGUUCGCGUCUACCAUAAUCUGUCUCGUAGGCCAGACUCUGUCGCAUCAAUCCAACCGUCGGCAAAGAUGAAUUACGAACUUGCGAAUGAAUUUUGAAUACCGCGGCCUGAUUGUCCACAUUUAAACGGCUUACUCAUCCGUCUACUCAUUUUUGAACCUGCUUGUGACUUUUCGAAGUUAACGGAAAACUUCAGAUAAGAAAAUAUGUCAUUUCAAGGAGCUUACUGAACGCGCUUACUGAAAGUUACCUGUAAACCAUUUGCUACUUAAAUGCUCUUUAUGCAGAGCCGUUACCUUCAAGGGCUUCUGUCAGUUACUUUAAUACACCGGCUGACCGACUGACUGGGCUUUCCGUGGUAGGCUCUUGGUCUACAUGCGCCAUUAGGCUUGCCGAUAAGGAAUUACCCCGAGCGCAUGCAAAGAAGUAACAAGGCUCUUUACCAAAAAUUAUUUCACUGAAAAGCUACUUUGGUCUUAGAUUACCUUGGCUAAUUUAAAUCAACCGAGAACUUAGUGGAAAAUUGUUGGCGAGGCGACUACAGUGAUUGGUGUAUCUCAGGAAUGUUAACCGAGGCUACGAACUGCAUUUCCGAUUAGAAAGAAUUACCUAGGUGAUUUUGUAGCAUUAAAUAUUGUGAUGCAUAAACCCGAGACAUUUCAGUCACAACAGGACGCAGACUUCUGAAGGCGCUUUGUUACGGCAGCAUGUAAAAUACAAGUUCGAUAUGGAGUGACUACUUAAAUUAACACGCAGUUUUUGCCAUUUAUUUUUGAUACCCUUGUAAAUCCUACAAUAUUUUGUGGAACGCACGUAGAAAAAUAUACUGAAAUUUUCCUUUCGAAAUAAAUUGUCUACUUAGAAUUUAAUACUCGAGAACAGGGUAUCCUUCGGUCUUUCGGAUAAUUUUGAAGUUUACUUGUCGUUUUACUAUAGUUUUGCAUGCUAUAAUACAUUACGGCAUGCUAUUAAAAAGACGCCGUAUGGGGCUCAUAAAUUUUGUGGUGAAUGCGGACCACGCUAUAUAAGGAACAUCAGUAAACGAGCAAACAACAUGCUAUUUGGAUGAAUACUCCUUAGUUCUUGAAAAUAUCGUAAUCACCAACCAUUUUGACAACAGAAGUAUAAACUUUGAAAGGGACGUAAUUUUCUACCAACUGAGUAUAUAAAGAGCAUUUACGUGCACUUUAUCCACAAAAUAUAUUUUAAUUUACAUGACCACUGGAAUGCAGUGGAAAAGACUCAUACUGCCGAAGUAGCCUUUUUUAUGCCAAGUGUGCUUUUCGCUUGUGACGGGAAAGGAGUGAAUUCGAAAGCUGACAUCCGGCCGUGAAGGAAAUAUUUCGAGAUUAUGCAACGUGAUAAUCAGGUGGCAUAUGGAAGUAAAAAGAGGCGCACACCGUGAGAGAUUCCUUGGUUUGACGUUUCGAGUAGCGAGUUCAGGGACUGGAAAGUCAGAUGGGACACGUGCCCACUUCUGACGUCAUUGAGAUUGCGGGCCGAGGCGACGAUCAUACACCAAGGCAGAUUUAAGAAGUCUGGAUGCCAACCGACCGCUGAGUCCACCGUCACAUUAAUUUGUCUCCCCUCUGUCUGGUUUUACGAAGUUAACUUUAUUGGGGACAACUACGGGUUGGGAUAAUCGGGGCCGCCAGUUAUCCCAGCGGUCAACGAGGUCGGCGAUGACAGGUGAAAUGCCGGUCAGAUGCAGCCACAGCGGCGGCAUUAGCGGACAACGCAUUAUGCAAGGCGAGCCAUGACUUUCCAAGUCUCUGAAGAUGGUUAGGCGAAAUUGCCACUCGAAACGUCAGGCCUUUAAUAAACCUCUCCCGGCGAUUUUCUCUUCUUCUGUCACGCCAUAUGAGGAGCUGCAUUUCCAUUUCUGUCGAUCUAUGCGGAUAGUUGAGCUAGGUUCGGAUUAAAAUACAUUAAUGUGGCACAGUCCUACGGAAACCUGAUCGAAGCGCACGAUGUUGACGAGGUCUGUUAGUCAAAGGCGACUUCGUCGAAGCCAGAAUUCAAGUGUUCGACCGAAGUUUUUCAAAGAUACAUUGGAAAUUUGUUGGGAGAGGUGCAUAUUUACAACUUACCUGGGCACAUUUUGUGUAUUUACCGCUAAUAUACUAUUGAUACUGCGCAAGUAUCAUCAUUACGGUGGUAAAUUAAACGAUGGACACAUGUGUGUCUACAGACGCCCAAGGAGAAUACGGAAAGUAAAGAAUGAAAUGAUAACCUGUUAUUCCGUCUUUGGAGGCCAACACAGACAUCGUCUUGACUACUGACUCUGAAGGCCGUCAUAUUGCUAACUUACAUGAACAGUAGAUGCGCUAACUCAUAAAAUCUUAACCGAAAUUCUGGAAUGAGCUUUCGACUCAAAAAUAUUACUUGGGCAGGGUUGUAAUACUAAUUAUCGUACAGCAUAAUCCCAAGAUAUUUCAGUUACUUCGAGAUGCCGGCUUUUGAACGAACUUAAUUCCUGCCGCCUGAAAAAAUUACACCCGUAAAAGACGACUACUUGAGUAGCAUGAAUUUUUCCUACUUAUUUUCGAUGCCCUAAUAAAUUCAAAUAUAUUUUGCGAAAAACAGGCGUAAAAUAUUCGUUCAUUUACUCAUUUGAGAGAAAAUUACGUCCUCCCCAAACUUCUUUAUUCCACUUCGAGAAUAAUUUUUAACCCAACCUGCCGUUACACUUCCAUUUAGCGUUUUCAAACUACAAGCUGUAUAUUUUCCGUGUACGGAAAAUCAUAUGCAUUUUAUACUCUCUCAGGGGGAAACUACAGGAAGUUCAUAAAAUUUGGCAGUGAAGUUGAGCUAUAUUGUAAACUUUACAAGUCACAUUAGUAAAUUCAGAGGCGCGAUGUUUUACGAACGGGCAUUUCAAGGUCUUAAAAAACCUCAUAAUUGGUAACUUUUGAAAACGGAAUUAUAUCUUUCCCUCAGGUAUAAAAUUUAAAGAAGCCGUUAUUUUUUCCAAAUAAGUAGAAGAAUGAAUAUUUUUCGAAUGAAUGUUUUCUGUGAAAUAUAGUUAAAUUUAUAAGGGCAUUGGAAGUCAAUGGGAAAAGCUCAUACUACUUAAGCAGUCAUUUUUUUGCAAAGUGUAGUUUUUGCAGGCUAGUUUAAACGGUGAACCUGUUCUUUUACCGGUGGGUACUUGCAAACUCGAGGUGAAGGUGCCGUUUAAAGUCUACUUAAUCUUUCCAACCUCUCUGAUCUUGUAAUCUUUAGAGUACUUCCGCGACAGUGAGUGAGAGUCGAGAACUGUCGAAAGUGCUGAACCUACAGAGUCCAAGGACAAGGCCGAAAAUCUCUCUGAGUUCUUCCAGUCCGUCAUUUCCAAGGAACCCAACUUUCUCACCCCUCCCUCAUCUAAUGAUGACGUGCCUGCCGUCGAGGCAGUCUCUUUUACGGAAGCUAUCAUUCAAGUAGAUUUGCUAAAUUCGAAAGAAUCCACUUCGUCAAGUCCAGAUGAAGUUCCAGUCAGGCUGCUGGAGGAGCUCACUGAAGAGAUGGCCAGGCCGUUAGCCUUGCUCUUUCGGGCCUAUUUGCCUCUGGAUGUCUACCCUGCGAUUGGAAGUCCGCAAUCAACCCUCCGUUAUUUAAGUGUGGAAGUCGAGAAUCGGCGACUAACUACGGACCGGUGAGUCUCACCUCCAUCUGCCACAAAGUCAUGGAGGAAAUAAUAAAGCAGACCUUGGUGUAAUUUCUUGAGCAGAAUCACCUCCUCUCUGACACGCAACACGGUUUUCGCAGUAGUAGGUCCUGUCUUACAAAUCUUCUGUUUUCACUUUAACACUGUCUCAAAGAAUUUGAUAAAAACAGCAUGGUGCAUGACAUUUACACAAUAUUUUCAAUAGUGGGAUCAUCCAUGUUCUCAGAGCUACGUGGAAUAAAAUCUGCUUCGCUUGUGAAAACGGAUUGGAAAAACUGAGAAAAGUGCUCAGCUUACUUUGUACUGCCCCGAUAUCUCCAAAACAUCAUCAGUCCUCAUGAAAAGAAUGGGAUUCCUGUUACGGGUGCUCUUCCGCAAAUAGUUGUAGAGAAAUUUCGGAUUUUUAACGGUUUGGUGGAGCAAAUUACUCUCGAAAUCCCGUCGCCGCCUGAAAAUCAGGCUUGUCACCUUAUUUCUUUGAACUGAAUACUCUGUAAAUGCUACAUUGUUAUUGUUUUCGCAAAACUUCUUGUACAACCUUCCCUUUUUAUUGGUCUCCUUUUUGAGAUUUCAUGUUAGCAACUGAGGUGCAGAAAAAAAUGGCUCCCCAGGGAAGGAGACUGACACAAGCCAGGAAAUUUAUUCCGACCCCUAAGAAUUCGGGUAGAAGUAUGUGCUGACCAAAUUAUAUGCCUUACGAACAUGUUAGUUAAUCCGCGUUAGUAGUUUUUUGGUUUGUAAUCUAAACUUCGUCCAAGUGGUUUCCAGGCGCCUAUAUCAAUGCUCAGGUUUAUGCUGAUUCUGAAGCCUCUCUUUUCAAUUAUCUACAGGAAAAGUGGGUAAGUUAGUGCGCUUUCCCAUGAAUAAAAGAAACAAGAAAGCUUCGAUGCAUUUUCUUGAGCAGAAUUCCCUCUCUGAUGUCAAACACGGCUUUCGCAAUGGUAGACCCUGGCUUACAAAUCUUCUGUUGUAACUUGAACGCUGGAACAAAGCAUGUGAUGAAGGAAUGCCGUCCACAUCAACCUCAAAAAGGCCUUCGAUGGCGUUCCAUGUCAACACCCCCUGCACAGAACUGCACAGCAUAGGGGUUCGUGGCAGCCUCCUCAUAUAGCUUCCGAACCCUUUGACUAGACGUACCCAAAGUGUGCAAGCCGGACAUCAGCAUUCCUCAGAGGUAACCGUGAUGAGCGGAUUCCCACAGGACUCCGUUCCAGAUCCCGCAUUAUUCCCCAUCUUUAUCAAUGACUGCGUCAGGGGUCUAGUCUGCGAUGUCACCCUCUUCGCUGACGGCAUUAAAUUGUGGAAAGCUGUUCCCUGUAUGGCAGACGAAGACCACUCGCAAACGAACUUGAACCGGCUUGGGGAUUGGUUGAAGCGUUGGCCUGUACCCCUCAAUGUAAGCAAGUGAAGCUCUUUUCAAAUCGGUAGCUGUAGAGUCUCCAGUCCAAGGACAUAUUUCCUAGAUAAUCAAUCACUGCAACCAAUUGACAAUCAAAAGGACUUGGGCGUCUGAAUUGCAUCUUUAUUCAAACCAACACCGCACUGCACGAAGGCGGUCAAGUCGACCAUGUGCACAUUGUACAUCAUCAGGCGUACAUUUACGGUUUUUGACUAAGGCUGAUUAUUUAAGGUACUUGAAACAUUCGUGUGGCCUCAUCUAGAGUACGAUUUACGGGUAUAGUGACUUUGGAUCGCCAUGGACUGCACGCCAUAGAGAGGGUCCCGAGAUGAGCAACAAGAAUGAUCAAAGGUUUGGGAUCACUACCCGACGAAAACCGGCGGUUGAUCCUCAAACUCUCCCCACUUUCUCACAGGCAAGUUCGAGGGAAGCUCAUACAAACACUUCGCAUUAGGCAUGGACUGAGCUGUUGGAUCAUUCCUGGCGAUUUUUCCAUUCAGGCUAACACACCCUUGCCAAUAGUAGCGAAGAGACGAGUCCCAGGAAGCAGUCUUGAAGACUCAGACGCGAUCGUUGGGACAAGAGUUUUAUUAGCCUGACGUUUCGGAUUCCUGCUCGAAUCCAUCAUCGGAGACCAAAGCAGAUAAGCGUGGUUCAUGCAUAUGCGGCUGCAGUAUUUAUAGGAUGCAGUUGCCAGACUGCCGCAUACCUAUGAACAUUCACGGCUCCCCCCUUUAAAAGGGAUCGUUGCACUUGCUCUGCAGACUAUUUAAUGGUCGUUAAUUGCUGCAAUUUCAUCACGGAUUUCAGAUGUUGGUGUGAUGAUUGAUCGACCGACCUUUGUGUUAGGAACAUACGGCAUACGAGGACACCCAGGAAGGCCAGUUCGUUGUUCUCUUCCUCCUCCAUCGUGAAUUGAAUGUCUGGGAAGACAGCGUCGAGAUGUUCCUGGAAUGUCAGCACCUGAUCCCGUUCGAUCACGACGAAGGUAUCAUCCACAUACCGGGCCCAGAACUUCGGUUUGUAGUGUAGGAAGACCAACACUAUUGUGGGUGAUACCUUCGUCGUUAUCGACCGGGAUCAACUGCUGACAGUCAAGGAACGACUGAAUGCGGUCUUCCCGUACAUACAAUUUACGAUGGAAGAGGAAGAGAACAACCAGCUGGUCUUCCUGGAUCUACUAGUAUGCCGCGAGUAUUGUGCUGGACUAAAGACCAACGUGUUCAGGAAAGCGACAAAUACGAUGCAAGUACUGAACUUCAACAGCAACCACCCAAUCAGCCACAAACGCAGUUGUGUAAGGACGCUCUAUCGGCGUGUCAAAACGCACUGCAGUGAGCCGGAAGACAAGACUGCCAAACUUCAAUACCUCCGACGGGUCUUCAAAGUCAAUGGCUACCCGCGCAACAUCGUCAACCAGUGCAUACGUUAAAGGGACGAAAGGCCUAACCGCACGGACACCAAAGUUUGGCGAGCGCUUCCAUAUGUCAACAACGUUUCGGAAGCUGUUGGCCGCCUUCUCGCACCACUUUGGGUUGGAGUUGCACACAGACCGGAGGCAACCACCAGGCGUCUGGUCAUGAAACCGAAAGACCCACUGCCACGGCUAGAAACGUCUGGAGUCGUUUAUCGGAUCUGGUGCACUUGCGGUCAAAGCAACUACGUCGGCGAAACCGGAAGAUAACUGCAUACGAGAAUGGCCGAACACGUUGCAGCGGUGCGGAGAAAUGACGCCAGCUGUCAAGUUGCGGCUCAUUCGACGAGAUCGGGCCACACAUUCAAAUUCGACGAGGUCGAAAUUCUCGCAAGAAGUGACAACCACGUGAGCCAGGAACUACUUAAGUCAUGGUUUACUGGCCCCCAGUCUAUUAGCAAGUGCAAUGAUCUUCCCAUCCAAUAUUCCGUGCUGAGACUUCGCCUAUGCGGAAUAAUUGGCCCCGCGGGGAGCGCACAGGUGAACACUCUUCUCAACACCCGGGUCAGCGCGUCAGAUGUUCGAGCAAUCAUCACACCAACAUCCAACGCACGUGAUGAAAUUGCAGCAAUUAACGACGCGAAUGUCGGACAUCACGCCACGUGCGACGAUCUCUGAUGAAGGAGGGAGCCGUGAAUAUUCAUAGGUAUGCCGUAGCAUGGCUACUGCAUCCUAUAAAUACCGCAGCCCCUUUUGCAACAACCACCCGUUUCUGCUUUUUUGUCUCUGAUGAUGGAUUCGAGUAGGAAUCCGAAACGUCAGGCUAAUAAAGCUCUCGUCCCGGCGAUCUUGUCUUCUUCUUCUUCUUCUUCUUCUUCUUCUUCUUCUUCUUCUUCUUCUUCUUCUUCUUCUUCUUCUUCUUCUUCUUCAUAACACACCUUUGUUGUGCUGUCAUUCCAUCAAACUAUGCUCAGUACAAACACAUACAGAUUUCUCCAAAUAUUUUUACAGAACCAGGGUGGUUGCAGCGUGGAACGUUUUCCUUGCUGCGGUUGUUCACUCCCCAUGCGUGGAUUCAUUCAGGGCCAAACUCGACACGCAUGUAUCAUGUCAUUGCUUCACUUCUAAAUUUACGUACUUUCAUAUUACUCGCGACCAUCAAGUACGACUUAAGUUUGCUUUUUCACAUACUUCAACCAACUACUUCCUUGUCAUAUGUAUUAGUGCAAACAGUCUCAUUUUCUUUAAUAAAACUCAACUGACCUGAACUGAGUUCUCGCCGUUGAGGUAUACAGUGGGUUCACCGUAACUCACUACUUGACUAUCCAUAUCCGGACAUUCAGCUCCCUCGGUCUCAUUCUUCAGUUAAGUUCUGAAUUAUAUCAUAUUCUCAGUGUAGUACAUCCUGCGGUGUGCAUAUCUGUUUCUGCCUAUUCGCAGAAUGUUGCAUUUCGUUACAAUCAACGAAAGCAGUUAUUGGGCUGACUGUUGUUCGAAUCGGCUCCAGUUUGCCUAUAGAUUUGCUUCAUUGUCCUCUUCUCCGAUAACGUCAGCAAGCUAAGUGUCGUCCGCAAACAUGACGGUGUCGCACUCCAACCCGCGGAUGCAGUCAUCAUUAUAUAUAAAAGGAAGAAGAUAGGGCCAAGAACGGAACAAUGAGGAAUUCCGCUCUCAGUUGCCACCUUCACCGACUACUGGCUACCAAGAUGGACAAUCUGAGAUAGACCAACCAAGACGUCUUCGAUGCACUUCAAAAGCUUUCACUUAAACCUAUGCGGUUGAGCUUGUAUAGGAGACGUUGGUGUGGUAAGCUAAUGAAGGCAUACUUGAGGCCUUUGUAGGCGUCGCGCACCACGUUUCUUCCAUCAAGCGUCUUACCUUUAAAGCCCUUCCCGGUAAGUUUUGCGUCAUGAAAAUGUUUUCUUUGAGCUAAAGAAAGCUCUUACUGGUAUCAAUAAUUGUAGCACGAAUCAUUAUUUGACUUCAGCUGAUCGCCCAUUUAACCACGGGAAUCUCAGAAAUUAUUCCAAAUACCGGUAUGAAAUCCAUGAGUCGGGGUCAAAUCCAUAGGCUCAUUACUCCCUCACAUUCUUCGACGGAAGAAUUUUGUAUCCUAUAAAUCUAUUUUUAUUCGCUAUCCGCACCAACUGCCACAAUCCCCACACCCAUGGUUACGGCCAUCGGUCUGAAUGGCUGCAUCUCCCAUUUUCAAAUGUUUUGCGAUUAUGUAUUCACUUACAUUCAGUGGAAGAUCUAACACUGUAUAAUUGGAAAGCUUGCUUUGUUUAUUAAUUUAACAUGAAACGCGUUUUGUUUUUCUACACCACUAAAUUGUCCCGAUGUAGUUAUCUGGCUGUGAUUCCAGCCAUCUGCGAGUUAUUGGUUUGUGGUGGUCUACCUCGCCGCGUGUUAAUUAUGUCAGACGGUGAAUCAGAUGUGGUAAGUUCCGUGAAUAUUUUCUAAAGUUCCCUCGUUGUUAGGAUCUUCAAGAGCUGGCAUCAGCUCCAGGACUUUAUCGGGAGGUUGAAAUCCCAAAGAGUUAUAUCAACAACAAGGUACAUUCCCUUUGCGCAUUUCGUUUCGGAGCUUGCAAUCAGCAGAAUUUUGCACCGCCUUUCUUUAUGCUUUUUUUCAUACAUAUUUGUGUUGUCCUCCAAUAUUGACAGCCGGAAGGGUUGCCAUGUAAGUUUAACUGUUGUUUUGCACUGCGCACGGCCUCGAGCGAUUUAGCCAGCCAAAUAUGUAUCACAGUCUCUUACGCCAGCCGCACAAUUAGGCGUGGGUCUCGUUAUGCGUCACACACUUUAUUAUGGGAUUCUUUACAAAUUUUAGGCUGCCCCUUCACUAUAAAAGAAGUUUUUCUAUGGAUUAUUCGUAACUACAUCUUGGUGGACCUUCUUUAGCAGCAAAAUCAUCUACUCGUGAACAUAUCCGUUUGUUUCAAGCUUUCAAGUCAUCCAUCUCAAAGCUAACGUGACAAACUCAAGGUUUUGACCCGCAUUUGCAAAUUCCAUAUCUUGUCAUUCAUGUUUUCCGAAGUCAAGUUCGUUCAGCCGCUGCUAACAGCUUAGAGCGGACUCCUUGAUUGCGAUGGGCUGCUAACGUUUGAUCGAAAAUCCGUUUUAUGCACUCAAAAGUUCAUGCUAAGAAAUUAGGUGCACAAUCGAAAUUUUAGGCGAGUUUUAAAAUCCUUGCGGUCCAGGUUUUUAUGCGAGAUUGUAGACUAUGCCCAUUUAUCUACGCAAUAGCAUUUGUGAUGUAUAUAAUGGACACAUGAAGUAAGUAUACAACAACACACUUCCACUGAAAUGGGUUAACUACCUCAUUCUCUCCUUUUUGCAGCCGAUGCUUGUCAGUGCGUUGGAGCGCCUACGGAAUCGUCUUCCUUGGCUUGAGAGGCUUGAUAUUGUCAACGGGCCGGCCCCACCGCCGAAGGGCACUGACCUCGAUAACGAUGUCGAUAAGAUUGAUCCCAAUGAUGAUUUCAAGAGGGAGGCAUUCUUGUAAGUUGGAAGGCCGUCAGUAUUAUGCGCUAUACAGCUGUCCCUGAGUUAAAGUCCGGGAUUUCGGCAACGUUUGCAUAUUUUUACUUAUUGGCCUUUUCAACCUUAUGUCGAAUCAUUCGGAACACACUCCGACCCACCCAGUUGUUAUUUAAGAAUCGCACUCUUCCUUGACCUUGCUGUCAUGUACGAAUAUUUAUUCUGCUUCCCAGUUCAUAACCUUGUAGAAUAAUACUGCCGGUCUGCUUCAGUCUCAUUUGAUGUUCGCAGAGCUCGGCGCUGCCAUCAGGUAGUGUAGUUCUCCCUUCUAUAAUUCGUUUCGUCAUGCACUUUUGCUCGACGCAUCCGGGAUCAUGUUUGAUCUAGCCGACCUCUUACGUCGCCAAUUGUGCCUCUUCAUGCUUGACGGGCGGCGACUGCAGACCUAGCAAACUCGAUUCAAUGGCGGAGACCGAAGUUCCGAAAGUCAAUUUCAUGCCUUUACGGACUGUGCUGAGCUAGGUCUUGAGUUGACCUCUUCGACGCGUUCAGGUGAACCGCGAUGUCUAAUUGUGGAUAGCAUCGUCGAACUAAUGGGGCAGACAGCGAAGAACGCCACUGAGCCACCUCAGUCGUCCUGAAUCGAUGGCCCGAGGUAGCCUUGCGAUAUUUUAGCAACGAGCUUGGACUCUUGAGACGAAGUCAGUGUACUUUACUCGAGGGAUAGCUUUCAAACAACGACAGUUAUUCACCUCUCGUCUUUGCCUGCCACCCACCCACACGCACAGUUCAACAUUUACAACCGUACACGAGGGCACACUUGGGUCUUGCUGGCAGUGGGGUUUUGAUUGAUGGAUUCAAGGAGUGCGAAGACUGCGAGCAGUGAAUUCAAUUUGAGAAUCCAGUCAACGGCGCAGUUAAGCAGAGUGAAACACGAAAUGCAAUCUUAUGUGGUUCACGUUUUUUGUCUGUGCCAAUCUGCCUUCACGUUCAUCCACUUCGUGCUCCAUUUCUGCCACUGUGACGGGAAGGACAUCAGAAAGAACACAGUUUCGGAGACAUCUGACCUGAACAAGUUUGAUGUGCGACCGGAGCAACUGUGACGAAGGAUAUUACUAGUUCCUUUAGCAGAUGGCCUAAUUUCGCAUUCGAGAAAUUAACCACUAAUUGAAGUCUCAAACCCAGCCACGUCUAUGGCAAAGAAAAUAUUGCCCUCGGACCCCAGUUAGUUGUGAGAAUAUGCUUCUGAGGAAUGGUAUCGCAUACGGUGUAAUUAUGAAAGCGCGUUUGUGGAGCGUUAUUUUGGCUGGCCUAGUGCUUCCUAUACCGACGGUCACUUGGAGUUCUUCGGUUUUGCUGCGAAGCAUUUGUUGCCAUUUUGUUUGGUUUCAAUGAAUAUUAGAUAGGAGUGCCUGACAAAUGCGUAAUAGAGUAUCAAUAGCAAGGGUGAGGGGUCGAAGGCAUGACAGGUUUCGGAUUCGACCUUUUCGAGGUCAGCAGCUAUAUGAUCCACUUUGGCAGAUUUCCUCAUUCCGUCUCGUUAGUUCAUUCAUUUGAUUAUAAUUUCAAAGCCGUCGUUUAACUCUUGCCGAUGGCCUGGGAAUUUGAAUUUCGCCAUGUUGACCCCUGUAUUUUUUUCCAUCUCACGGGACGACAUUGCUCCUGCACUAGUAGGGCCAGGCCAUCACAGGUGUCAGCCAGUUGAUCUGGAUAGUUUACACCACUUUACACAUACUUGCACUCUGUUUCUAGCUGACUUGGUAUUCACGCGCACUGUUAACUAGGACUGUUUUUCAACGCUCUUCUGGUGUCUCCUGUUUUCGGUACCUUGCAGAACUUGCCCUUGUGAUUGUAAACCUGCUAUUUUGCCCACAACGACCACUUUGAUUUAUAUGUUACUCAUAUCGAUGUUUUUUUCUGCAGCUAUCGUCAGGCUCAAGCAGCCGUUUUGGAAGCCAUUCCUCGCCUCCACGAGCUUAAUGUUCCUACUCGGCGACCAGCAGAUUACUUUGCCGAAAUGAUCAAGUCCGACGAUCACAUGGUUAAGGUUAGGGGGGACAUUUUUUACUCAUUUAUGCAGUUUGUAAAAAGCAGACUUGGGAGUUCAACUAAUGCAUUGCUUUUAGGGCUGCUCACACCAGCACUUUCCUCCUAUAGGUGCUCUAGAAAGCAUCUGCAGAACGAGAGACAAAUGGCCUUUGUCACAGCCUGUUUGAACUCCCGACUAAAUACUGAAAUACCCGUUUUCUUAUGUAUGUUUCCAGUCUGUGGGGAGUCGGUUGGGACUGCGCCUUGAUAGUCAGUUUCUUUUAAAGUUGCGACUAAUCGCCUCCCAAGCGCAGCAACAAUUUUCUCGAUGUCUUAAUUGUGAAUAAACAAAUCAUCAUUAUUGGUAAUUUUAGUACUAUCCUUGUGAUUGGUAACUAAAAUCAGUUUGUCGUGCCGUUUUUCAUUUUGAACUCUUUUCACAACCCUUAUUUCAGCGUUAGUGGGACUUGAUAACAGUGUAGAUCUCCCUAUUUUGGACUUAGCAAACAGUUUGCAAAUGCAUUAUAUCUAUAGGUGUUGUUGCAGAUUUCGUAUAGUUCAUUUUGACACAACCUUAAAAACUGCAGUGUCGGUACGAUUCGAGCACACGAACGCGAGGAUUAGGCUGUAGUACAGCCGUAGGUAACUUGACACAAAUGUGGUUAAACUCACGGCUCCUGGUGGGGCCUCGUAGCUCAGGUGACUAGGGCGUGGGCUGUACUAAGGCCCUUUCCUUGAUGUCGUGGGUUCGAAUUCCACCGAGGCGCCGAGUUUUUCACAUUUGGGUCAAAAUGAACUAUUCAAAAUCUGCCAGAAACUUUUCAUUACGUGAGCCUAGCAGUCAUCUGGUGGGUUUGAAAAUCUUGCUUGGACAGCCAGCUUACUGUGUCAGAUUUGAUGGAUUCCGGAUGUUGCAUUAGGCUGAGUGGGUAACGUGACCCAAAUGUGAUUAAACUCACAUCUUCCGGUGGGGCCUCCUAUCUCAGCUGGCUCGAGCCUUGGUUGUAUAAAGCCCUCCCCUUGCUGUGUCUUGGGUUCGAACCUCACCGAGGUCACCCAGUUUUCCGAAGUUGGGUCAAAAUGAAAUGAAUCAAGGUGACGGCCCUUCACAGGCUUUCACAUACCUGGGUGGUAAGGGCAAUUUUUUUAGGGUGACGUUUGUCUAGUGCGAUAAACUGCUUAUUGAAUUGUUUCCCUUUUGUGCUGAAUUUGUUGGCCGUUUUUAUAGGUGCGCGAACACAUUGUCAUGAGCAAAAAACGGUUGGAACUGCGGGAGAAGGCACGUCAACUGCGUCAGGCCCGCAAAUUUGGCAAGCAGACCCAGAAAGAAGUGCUUGAAGCACGCCGUCUUGAGAAAAAGAAACACAUGGACGCAUUGAAAGCUGUGAAGAGGAAGCCAGGUGUGUGGACAUUUCCGAAUAUAUACGACCUACUAUAUACUUUCAGUAAUAAAGUUAAAUUAGCCAAGUGUAGCACAUCUGCAUGUGUGCUUACUUGAAUGUCAAUACUGGUCUUGAUACCGUUAAGAAUGUUACCAGAGCCACCGGUGGACCGCCUAUGUCCUCUCCCGAAUUUAUCACGGUUUAGUUUGUCCUUCGUUUUGGCUGUAAUUUAGCCGGCCCAUUUUAGGGAAGCAAAUGUUUUACUUCUGUCUUGGCGACGUUCCCGCCAUAUCCGUCAAUCCAAUUUCUGUACCUCCCACAAUUUCGUCUUGCUUAGCGUUUAUUAUCGGAAAAACCAACACAGGGGCUCUGGGUUUGAUUAAACGUGGACGGUAACUUUGCAACAAAGUGUACAUCGAUCUGGAUCAUUUGCAGACCCUAGAGGAUGGUGUCGGGAAUGGCUAGAAGAAACUGUAUGGUAACACCCACAUCAUUGUUGCUGAAUCCAUUAGUGCAACUCAUUGAAGACUUUAAGGCAGCUUUAAAAAAUGUGAAAAAAGUGUGUCGAAUGAUCUGCGAGAAGAACCUUCCCUACGGAAUUUACCGAGGUCGCAUUUCUUUACUGUCGCCGUCCAUCGUAAUAGAAGUUGAAGACAAUACAAAACAACUGCCUAUCUCGGAAAACAAAUGAAAUCCAAUAUCGUCCUGACAGUAUACGGAACUGACUGACGGGGAAUUCACCGGUCCUGGAGUGUUGGCCUGACCACCUGAAAUGCCUUUUCAACCGCUCAUCUCCAGGCUGCCGGGGGGGGGGAGGCAUAGGCGUCCAACGCUGACUUCCGUCGCCCACCCUCUCUGCAGCACGAAAGCUGUGGCAAGGGGCUCAAUUCCUACAGAAAUCCACAAGUCUAGUAAUCGUCGGCGCGUAGACGGGCUUUUAAAUGCAAACGUAAUGGUGACGGUCAUCAGGGAAUUUCCAUUCCAAGUAUUGCCGAGUUAAUCCGCAUCCGAGGUCUACUCAGCAGCCUGAAUUUUCAUCCGCAACAAGAGCUUCUUCCAGAGUCGAUGUUAAUUAUGCAAAAAACUGUCUCCUCUUUGCAUUCCUGUAAUUAUGGAAAACGAGGAUCAGCCUUCGUGUUGGGUCUUUCCAGCACUUUGCCUAGGUGUGCCAAACGGUUUCAUGCUCUGCGCACCUAUGGUGAGGCACCCCGCGUAAGGAUCAACCAGGUAUCGCCACUACCAACAGUCGAACCAACGGGAAACUAUUUUGCAAUCCUCGUGUGCAGGCCGUCACAGAGACCUUUUCUUUGCUGACGACUGCGCAGAACAUCACAGCUGAAGCGGACAUGCGGCAGGGGCUUAUGGGCCUUUUCUUCCCCUGUAGACGCCAUCGGUACGCAGUGGAGUCGCUCUGGCAUCUUCAGCGCGGAAUUGAGUAUAUGCCGGAUUGUUAUCCUGCCAGAGUUCCUCAAUGGGGACGGAGGCCCAGGUAAUGCAGCAAAGAUGGCCAAAAAACUGGACCACAUCCGCCUAAGCUGUCUUUAAAGGAUGCCAAAAGCGAAGUGGCAGGAUCGGUUCUGCUGAACUGAACCAGAUAAAACUUGGGUGGAGCGACCACGUCAUGAGAGUGGCUGAUGAGCUCCUGUCCAAGUGACAACGAGCGCUCACAGGCAAGUUAGGCAAAGUAGACGUUGCGAACGCAGUGGUCUUCGGCUGACUCGCCCGAAUUUCCCAGGUCGUUGUUGAUUCAAACCGACGCCGCACCUCGAGGAGGUGGCAGGGGGAAGAGAUUAGAAGUGGGAAAGACUGAAGCUGGAUCAGUCAUUCACGCCUGCGUAUUGGGUAGUCAGAAAACCCAUGUCCCUGUCCCUUUCCUUUUUGGAUCGAAAAUACACUUUGUCUGCGGGCCAAAGUUUCACACAAUAGACAUGCCUUGGUGCGCCAGUUCUCGGACUGCGAUAGGCGUUCUUCUGUCAGAUUUCCAGUUUCCUGGGGCUUUUCGAGCAUCGCCUGCGUCAAGUAUUAUUUUUUAAAAUAAAUUUUCGACCACCAUGCUGGCUGCAGGCUGGGCAUUUGGUGGGAGACCCUAUGACGCCUUUUAGACCACCUUGUCAUGGAGGAUUCACCGAAAUUCGCUGGUCGGAUAUGGUUUUGGUAGUCCCACCAGAAGUCAACAAACCCCAGUCACCUCUAAUACGGGACUGGUGCAAAUAGGAGUUUUUUCAAGUGGAGCCGGCGAAUGCACAGGUCAAGUAGUUGUAUGCAAAAGAAAGGCUAUUGGGAGUGCGUGGUUGUACUUUUAAUGGUUGAGAAAUAGUUGCGCUAACCCCUAACUAUAACCCCUUAUCCUAAACCCCAACCCCAACAGGAUUGUGUCCGUUAGCUGGGGCUACCAAACCACAUCUUACCAAUUCUCUCCCUGAACAUCCAAAGCCCAGUGACUUCUUUCCUCCUCCGUCCAUCUUGGCGAAUAGUUGCACUUUUUACUUCCCCCCCCCACCCAUUCCUCCCCCAAGAAGACCCCGGUCCGGGCACGCGAAAUGCAGUCACGUCAGUGGAUUGUGCCUGCUGUAGGUGGUACUUAUGAUGCCCACUGCUUCCCGCAAAGCAUUGCAGAACCGUCUCGUGGGAACCCUCUGCACAGUAUCAGUGUCCUUUUACGUGACUUUAGGCCCAGAGUGACAGGGGCGGUUCGUCGUCUGGCUAUUUUUGGUCGGCCUUUCUUUCUCGUGCCCUGGUGCACAUCUGUUUCUUUCAAAAGUACCCAGGCGCCCCUUCCCGUAAGACUUUUUGUCUGUCAUGCGAGCAUGUGCGCUACUUCAUUUGCGGAGCGUUGUUUCGCUGCCCUGCAGAUUGGGCCUGGAAAUGGGCCCAAAAAUAGGGACUGCACAGACGACUGCUGAAUUCCACUACUCUUGCCCCCCGUCGACUGCGAGGUUGAUUGCAGCGCGCGCCCUUAUGCUGCCAUGCAAUUAGGGUUGGUAGCGAAUAUCACUGCCAGGUUGUUUUGGCCAUUCUCGACCACAGCAUGUCUCCCAACUGGUACCCGGAAUCCAAUUUCAGGUUUCUACAGUCUGAAGGCGGGCGAUGACUUGUUGACAAGGACGGCAGUUAAGCCAGACAUGGCCAUUCCAGUCGCCCUGGUCUUCGUCGACAAUUAUCUUACGGAUGUAGUUAUGUGUCCGUAGUGAUUUUCUUCGAUUCCAUCCAGGGCGUGUGGGUGCCGAGCAGCUCUAACCCGAAAUAUCUACUAACUGGUCCCGCUAUAUUUUCCCCUGAUUGGUGUCCCCAUCAAGCGAUAGUUCGACCAACGAUAUCCACAGGAGGGUUAGGACAGCGACGUCUUGCACAUGCACCCAUUUAUAGUGAUACGACUUGUGCAGCAUUUACUGCGCCCUCUCCUUCCCCACCUGGGCCUGAUGUCGUUGGUAAAGUCAAGAAGACCGGAGGUGGCAAAGGCUGUAAGUGACUGGCACGGCAAGACCCGCUCCUAGGCGCACCACCUCUGGUCCCUCCACGUACAACUCACCAGGAUUUUACACAACUGGAAAAACAAGGACGACUUGGAUCCUGUGCGGGAGUGCUAUGAAGGCCACAUUAAAAAGGAGCCACUGCAGUCUGACUCAGUCCACCAGGGAUAGUUCGACUGUCGAGUUCGACUAUGUCCACUGUGUGCCGCUCCGCUGCAAGGUGAGAGCAGGGACGGUGAGUUGUGCGUGAAUUAGGUUAUAGCGAUAGUAGACUUGCACUCCAUCCACCUCACCCUCUCCUCCUGCUCCGCCUGGACUCGGUCUUAUGACAGACCACCAGUCGACCACUCCACACAAACACACACUGAGCUGACUGCGGGGUCCGAGUUAUCCCGUCAAUUGGCAGCCUUUCAGGCCACAGCUCUUAGCGUAUCGUGAUUGGCUCAUGCGCGUCAGAUUGUUCACAGUGAGAAAUAUGCGCUGAGACCGUCGACCACACUUUCUCUCUUCCCACUCCCAGAAAACAGUCCACCACUCUCAAUUAUCUGCUGCGGGUAGUGGCCGCGCAGUGGCUGACAGGGCCAGAGAGCCUGUCUGCAGAGCAGAUAGCGGACGGAAGAAAUACGGCGCGAUGGAAUACAUUAACGGGAGAGGGGGAGGGGGGGGAGCGACUUCUGACCACACUAAUGAAUCCUCCAGGCCGUUGUAACGCUUGGUAUUUGCACUUUACCGCAAAACUAGGACACGUACACACUCAAGCCAAUGGUUAACUGCUAGGAUUUCCCAACUAUUGUACUUCGGAAGCGUUAAGAAUACAGUACACACAGUUAAACCUCCGAAAAAUAUAUGCAUUAACGAGUGGGCAGGCGGGUGUAACCGUUUUGGCAACGACACAAAAUAUCCGAGCAGACGAUGUGGUCAUUCUACUCUAACCCUGCCCAUAUCUUGCCUAUGGCUCCUCAAAACUGCGCUGAGCGCCCUGCCACAAAGAAGAGCGGACGGCGUGUGUGCGAUCCGGUCUUGGAAGCAGGAUGUGGGGUGGCUCAAUUUCAGGUCGGUCACUGGCCUCGAAUCCCGAACCAGCCCCCUUGUCUUGGAAGAGGAUGCUUGUAGGAGAUUGCGAGGUUAAUAUUAUUUAAAUCUCGCGCAUAUUGCUACUGUUUCCUCGGAACGGUUGUGAGUCACCCUCGUUUUUAACAGACUGCAAGAAUGUUCCUGCUGAAAAAAUCCCCUUGUCUUGUCCUUCAGGGGCAAAACCAAGUCCCUUUUGGCCUUCAAGCAAUGCAGAUGGGAAGCGAUUGCAGGCCUAUCAACAAAUAAGUACCUGCAGUUUACGAGGAAAAGUAAAAAUAAUCGCAAUUCGACUUCUCGUGCGCACACAAAAUGGCGCAAGUCGCUAACAAGACAGGAGGGGACAUGCCCAAGGCAUGGGUCUCUGACAGACACACCGUGAAUCGACAUAUCGAACUCCCCCCUGCAUACCCCAUGCUGCGCACGUGUCAGACGGUGUGGUCACGUUUGCAGUCAAAAAAGCACACAGCGAAAGAAACGAAAACAGGAUGGACAGUUAAUUGGCCCAUGCCAGGGCCAGAGGGCCACGUGCAACUGACCAGGAUUUUACACAACUACAAAAAGAGGACGACUUGGAUCCUGAGUGGCAGUGCUAUAAAGGCCACAUUGGAAAGGAGCCACUGCAGCCUGACUCUCAGUCCACUCUAGGCCGUCGAGUUCGACGAUGUCCACCGUGUGCGCCACUGCAAGGUGAGAGCAGGACGGUGACUUGUGUGUGAGUUAGUUUAUAGUGAUAGUAGACUUGCACACCAUCUACCGCACUCUCUCCUCCCCAUUCCCCACCUGGACCUGGUGUCAAGGCAGCCCACCAGUCGGCCACUUUGCACAAACACGCACUGAGCUGACUGUGCGGUCCGAGUUGGCAGCCUUAUGAACCACGGCUUUUAGCGCACCGUGGUAACUUCAGGUGCGUCAGAUUGUUCAUAGUGAGGAAUAUGCUCUGAGACCGUCGAACUCACUCCCCAUUCUCUGGCAUCAGUCCGCUGUCCUAGUCGGAUAUCGGGAGAGGUGACUGGCAAAGCUAAGAAUAGCCCAUCUGCGCAUGUCACACACGCGACCUAGUCCUCCACACGCCGGGAUAUCGCUCAUGGGUGUGGAUUGCUCCGAUCUCACAUGUAACAGAGGAGCCACAUGGAGAGAACACUUCCCACUUACGUGCGAGUUGGCUGCGUUGUGCCCCUAAGACGGGGCAUGCAGUAGAUGCGCUGAACCAACACCGGAGGGCUAGGUCGGACUCUGUCGGUCGUUAUCAGAAAUUCGCACCCAUAACAAAUACCAACGUUCCUGGUGCAGUGACGGACCCAGUUUCCGACUCAGACCGUGCCAAUUGGGGUCCCUGGCGCCCCCCCCCCCUCACUGCUAUUGUUGGUCAAAGUCCUGGUCAAGUGUUUGUUGUGGACCGAAGGAUAUGGUGUUACGCGGGUCUCACCGUGUCAGCCACCUACGCCCUCUCCCGCCUCCGGUCUUCUUGACUUGGCCAUGACGUUGGGCCCAGGUGGGGGUAGGGAGAGAGUGCAGUAGGCGCGGUGAAAGUCUACUACCACUGUAAACUAAUUCACGCAUAAGUCACCGUUCCUGCUCUUACCCUGCUGUGGAGCACACGGUGGACAUCGUGAGUCAUGACGGUCGAACUGUCGUGUGUCGAUGUGGUCUAUUCUGCUGUGAUUUGCCGUCGACCAAAUAAGCCCUUGCGAUGGUUUUAUGUGCGAGGGUAAUGCGAACAGUUGGGGCGAUGGUGGAGUUCCAGGCGCCGAUUCGCCAAAGGAAGAUCCAUCCCCUACGUUAAUUGCAAUAUGUGCACUUUUAGAUUCUCUCGAGCGCGCACUACCCGCUUUGUGUCUUUAAUCCUCUCCCAGCUCACAUUUGUUUUGCAAUCUCUUUCUCUCUUAAGGUGGCAAAGAACAAGCACAACUGCUAGAAGAUUUUCUCUCCAGUGGCAAACAGAGUGGAAAAAACAAGUCGGCUCCCAAUGCAAAGGAGGAGGGUCGAACCUUCUACAGACCGAAGGACGUUGCCAAUAGACGAAAGUGAGUCCCUCUCCCCCCUGUGCGUUUGCCGUUUUGCAUGUGACGGACGUUGGACAGAGGUUUUCACGCCAGUCAUUGCGUCCGACUGCAUUUCGUAUCGGGUUUGCCGCUGCUACGAGAGGGAGUAUGAGGUCAAUCCAGCCCAAAUCCGGCACUUGGUCUCCUCGCCGUAGCCUCUCAAACUCUCAUUUAUUAAUCUGUCCUGACGUUCCGUUGGUCAUGCUUUUGAAGGUCCACAGUCAAUGGGCCAUCGCGGUCCUCUGAUCCAGCCGCAAUAGUUUUUUUCUCCAGGUUAACUUUCCGAGUAGUUCACGCUGAAUCGUCUGUCCCCGGCGUCUGUGGUUUUAGUGUAGGAUCUAGUGGACGGAACAUUCGCCGUAGCAGUUUCGAAGCUGGGAUCCACGCAAGCUGCCAGUCUCCUUAUUUCGUCACAGCUGUCACAACUUUGCCUUUCUCGGUCUCAGAUCUGUAUCCAUGUAGACUAUCCGCUCACAGCUGCUGUUCUUGCCAGUGUGUGUGUAUAACAUCGAGCUUCCAGUCAAAUCCCAAUUUCAACUCACACACGCAGUGAGUCAAUGAGCCAACUGAGUAACUUCUACACUCCCCGUAGCGCGAUCUAUCAAGGGCCUCCAGCCAGAGGCCAAGCAGCAAUCUUACUAUGGCCAAGUUGACCAUCCUCAACUGGGACGGACAAAGUGUAACAUUGCAUUCAGGCAUUGUGGCCAAUCUUUUAGGUUUUGACCAUUGUGUUUCUCAUCUGGCCUGGAAUCGACCCACUGGAGGCGGUUUAACCAGAAAGAGCCGCGGGUUCACGCCAAAGGCAACUAGGCCGGCCACUUAUGCUGCUUGCUUUCUUGCCUCCAGCAAGUCUGGGUGACUUUUACUCUCAGACCCUUCUGUGCGACCUGUUACCGCCCCACCACUGUAGAGAUCCCUGUCCCGUGCCUGCGUUGCCAUGGCUUCGCCCGCCAUGCGUCUUUUGUGUUCGAGAGGUGCCGCGGAGAGAACAGUUAUUUGCAAACCCUCCUCCCUCCUCCUCCUCCUCGGCCCCGACAAUUACGACUUCGGGCGUAAUUAGAGGGCAGUAGUACCCCCCUCUCUCUCUCUCGCACUCUUUGGUCCCCCUCGUAGCGACGCGGACAACUCCCCCCCCGCCACCCUUUAUUUUUCCCUGUAUCGCUGCGUGCAUCAGUCGUCAGGAGUCUGCUGUUGGUUCGGUAUUCUCGCCUGGCACCCUUUAGUCCCUGAACGUUCUUCAUGCAUGCCUGCUGUGUCGAGUCGGGCGCGCAGUAAGACUGCGCAGGAUUUUCCGAUUUUUUGAUCUACCUGCAGACACUGCGCACGAUAAGAGACGUUUUUAGACGUUUUACUUCCAAGCAGAAACUGACACUCCUCUGACAUUCAUAGCCUGCUCCAUCCACCAGUAAUAGUGGCAGUAUCGCUCCUGUCUUUCUUAUCCUCAAAGUUACGACCACAAAAAUCCGUCGAACUCUUGCAGCGAGGUGCUUGCGUGUGCGCCACCGCAUACUUUUUAGGGGCCUGUUGAAAUUGUCUAACUAUUCCUUGCAGAUCUUUGCUACCGACUCAAGAUCUUCCAGAAGAUAUCCUUCCCUAACUGUUUCGUCUCAUCCCAUCACAGGUACACCGUUGGGUGAGAGCCGAGUAUUUACUGAGAAACCUUGCAUCAACAUGGGUAUUUUAGCAGGAGAUUCUCAAAUUUGCAUUACCGUAGAAAGCAUUGUAAUCCUAAAGGUAUGUACCUGGACCAUUAUUCAGCUUACGCUCGCCUUAUACGUAGGAAUGUGACUGUAAGACCCCGGCAUGUUGUCUGCUAAACUUUCUUCUCUGUCGUUUACUGUUUACUUGACAAUACUUCCCCUUAUUUAUGGUGAAAGAAGCAGAAUGGUAUUACCGACAAAGACAAGGGGAACUGGAAUGGCCAUUUCUGGCUUAUUAGCCGUCGUCAGCCAGUCAUACCCAAGCCCGAAGUGUGAAACACCCGAGCCUCGAACUCGCGACCUGUUGGUUUAGAAGUCCACGCCUCUACCCACCGGGCCACGAGCCCGUUGCCCUGUCGGUUUCGAUCGGGAAUAUGCAGUGGUAGGGCGCUUUUAUGGUGAAAGAAGCAAUUAUUGCACCUAUAGUUGUUUUGACUUAUCGGGGAUUGGCGUAAACAGCAGAAUGCACUGGUACCAGUAAAUUUUGCGAGAGCUUAUCGACCUCAACCCCUUGUUGAAUAACACAGAUAAGGAAUAAGGAGCCGAAGGGAAGUUAAAUUGUUUACAGAGGAUCAAUGCGAAAACAUCAAGUUCAUUGUUCAAUGUGGACAGUCUAAUCAACGAAAAGGACAGCUUGAAAACGCAAUUUAUGAAAGAAUAAAAGUGGAGAGCUAACACGCAAAAUGGGUUGUGUACAUCAAAGGAUCGGGGAUUACCAGAGCAAUUAGAGGUUGGCCAUNUCAUUUUUCUCAGAGUGUAGAUCUUGCAUGCAGCCGAAAAUAAGUUCUUUCGAAAGCCGACACCCUUAGGUAACUGGAUCAUUAUAGAUUUAAGCUGCAUCAUGAUUAGUUUUACAACACUACUUAAUUUAUCUUUUCGAAACGAGAACGCAUUUCGAAAUUUUGGUUGAUAUUUAAUGAGUUAGCACAUCUACUGUACAACCCUACUUAAGUGAUCUUUUCAACUCGGAAACGCAUUUCAGAAUUUCGGUUAACAUUUUGUGGAGUUAGCACAUCUACUGUAAGUUCUUCUUCUGUGGGAUUAUACCAGCCUGGCAAUCAAAAGCGUCAGUUUAGGUGGCGCGUCAUACCAUUCUCCCUUCCCCUCUCUCAAAUGGGACGAUUGUCGGACUCAUAGGCACGGCGUCCACCCUGCUGCUGCUGCUGCUUUAAGAACAGAAGCGCAUCCCGUUGCGUGCACCGCCCCUUUUACCGAUUGGAUAGUCGUCAGACAGCCUGCGUAGCCUGGCGCCUCCAUCAGCCUCUGGAGCCUAAGGUGUUUCGCAUGCGCGCGCACGCUGUACAGACCGUCACGUGUUCAUUCAGUUAACCAGCACGGGUUUUUAUGCCUCCCCCUUAAUCGCCCCGUUAGCGUCACGUGGUACUGGUGCGCUCUGUUCCGGCGCCAAUUGUAGCACUUGAUACCAGCAAUUUCGUCUUGUCUUGGAGCCCUGGCCUUCUGCCGUAGUCUAGCCAAAUUGCCCACUGAUAGCAUGAUAUUAUCAGUGAUGGUCGCAUCUGUGCGAUCUCACAUCACAGUCGGCGACUGUGUCUAUCAACCAGUAGGGCCUGGCUCUGCUAUCCUCGUGCGUAAGCCUACGAGCCGUCCGCCCAUCGAGUUCUGUUUGCACAAGCUGGCGGGAAACGCGUGAGACCUGGAGCUGCCAACUGAUGGGAUAACGCAGUCCAUUUCAGAGCCCGUAGUCAGGUCGCAAUGGCUUUUUGCCACUGUGACCUUUAUGGCACUUUCACUGACGUGAGGCUCGAGUUGCCCUGAUAGUGGUCCGGGAUCAUGUCGAGUGUGUGGCACGUGUGGGCGAACUGUUUAACCUUGUCAACCACUGGCCCACGCCCACCUCCAGUCCUUAUAACACUGUCUUGCCAUCAGAAUUAGGUGGGUGAGGACGGGGAGGGUGCGGUAGACGUGGCGUAAGUCUGGCCCACUAUUAAUUCAUUAUUUAGUCUCAGCACUCGUAGGAUUCUUACCUGGCUACUUUUCACCAGGGUUACGAAAACUCCCACAGAAGGAUUCAGAAGACUAGUGGAGAAUUAUACGUUUGCUUUCGUUACUUUCUCAUCGAGCCAGUGCACUCAUAUGAGGACGGGGUCAAUUAAAAAGAGUGUUAUUGACUAGAGGGAUCGAUUAAAGUUCGUCUCAAACCACAGGCUGAGUGUGGGAAUCUAGGGGAGGAGCGAUUUUGACAACAAACUGGUCAGAUUAGGAUUACUGACAAAGACAAAGACGACUGGGAUGGCCGUUUCCGGCUUAUUAGCCGUCGCCAGCCAGCCUUACCCAAACCCCUGUUCGCAGCACCUAAGCCUCUAUUCUGCGAUUCGUUGGUCAUUGAACGCAAUUAAUCCCGCCGAGGACAAGGGAGACUGCAAUGGCCAUUUCCGGCAUAUUAGCCGCCGUCAGCCAGUCAUACCCAACCCCGAAGUGUGGGACACCUGGGGCUCGAUCACGCGACCUAUUAGUUAGAGGUCCAACCUCUCUAAGCACAGAGCCACGGACUCGUUGUCUUGUCGGUUGCGAUCGGAAAUGUACAAUGGUAGAUGGGCGCUCCCCGGAACUCACUCGUCCCGUUGUGCCUUACGGGCUCUCUCGAGUCCAACCAACAGCCGCACAGUGGCCCAUGAUAUAGGCAGAGUCUUAUUACCGACGAAGACAAGGGAGACUGGAAUGGGCAUUUCUUGCCUUUUAGCCGUCGUCAGCCGGUCCUACCCACCCUCGAAGUGUGAAACAUCUGGGGUUCGAUUCCGCGACUUGGUUGAGCUCGAGAGGCGUUGCGUGUUGUUUAUUUUCAGAGACAGACUAAGAGAGGAAAAAUGGGUUAGCUGGACUGCUUACUUCAGUUAUCCGUAUUCUGGACUUCCGAUGUGGUUCGUCCUUAACCCUUAUCAUCUAUUGACUGUGCUAGUGGUGCCGACCGGAUAAGUGUGAGGUUAUUCCAGUCUCUUUUUUACUUCUGCUCUCGAGGAACAAAAGUAGCCAUUUGGUUCUUGGGUUAUCGGUCUCUGCAAUGCUAUUUGUCCGGCGGAAUAAGGCUUGGAUGUAGAGAUGUCUGGCGGGAGAAUCGCGUUCCUCUUCUGCAAUAGUCAGAUCAUUCCCGUUUGCGGCAUGGAUGAUGAUUACUGGGAUUUCCCGUGAACCUCCAACACAACGGAAGAUGCGCUAGGACCUGCAUUUUUUGGUCAUUGUCAGCCAAAUCGACUGCGCGUCGGUCAGUACUUCGUAAUUUUACAGAAAAGAAGGAAAAUGUGCACUCGCCGGAAUAGUCAUUGUGGCACUCUUCGUCCUCUGGCCCAUGCACGGGCCCAUUAACUGUGCGGCCUGUUUUUAUUUCUCUCGCUCUGUGCGCUCUUGACUGCGAACGUGACCGCACCGCCUGACACGUGCGCAGCGUGGGCUAUGCAGGGGGGAGUUCGGUAUUUCGAUUCACAGUGUGUUUGUCAGAGACCCAAGCCCUUAGGCAUGCCCCCUGCUGUCUUGUUAGCGACCUGCGCCAUUUUGUGUGUGCACGUGAAGUCGAAUUGCGAUUAUUUUUACUUUUCUUCGUCAACUGCAGAUACUUGUUUGUUGACAGGCCUGCAAUUGCUUCCCAUCUGCAUUGCUUGAAGGCCAAAAGGGACUUGAUUUUGCCCCUGAAGGACAAGACAAGGGGAUUUUUUCAGCAGGAACAUACUUGCAGUCUGUUAAUAACGAGGCUGACUUACAACCGUUCCGAGGAAACAGUAGCGACAUGCGUGAGAUUUAAAUAAUAUUAACCUCGCAAUCUCCUACAAGCAUCCUGUUCCAAGCCAAAGGGGCUGGCUCGGUGUUCGAGGCCAGUGACCGACCAGACAUUGGGCCACCCCACAUUCUGCCACAACUCGGCUGGUUCUGCUUCCAACACCGGAUCGUACACACUUAAACUUGGCUAUCCCUGAAGAAAACGCCGUCCGAUCUCAUUUGUGACAGGGCGCUCAGUGCAGUUUCGAGGAGCCAGAGGCAAGAUAUGGGCAGGGUUAGAGUAGAAUGACCACAUCGUCUGUCCGGAUAUUUUGUGUCGCUGUCAAAGCGGUCACACCCGCUCGUCCACUCGCACAUUUUUCAGAGGUUUAACUGUGCGUACUGUAUUCUUCACGCUCCCGAAGUACAAUAGCUGGGGAACUCUCUGCAGUUAACCACUGGCUUGAGUGUGUACGUGUGCGUGUGUCCUGGUUUUGCGGUAAAGUGCAAAUACCACACGUUACAACGGCCUGGAGGAUUCAUUAGUGUGGUCAGAAAUGGCCCCCCUCCCCCUGCCUCGCUAAUGUAUUCCAUCGCGCCGUAUUUCUUCCGUCCGCUAUCUGCUCUGCAGACAGGCUCUCUGGCCCUGUCAGCCACUGCGCGGCCACUACCCGCAGCAGAUAAUUGAGAGUAGUGGACUGUUUUCUGGGAGUGGGAAGAGAGAAAGUGUGGUCGACGGUCUCGGCGCAUAUUUCUCACGAUGAACAAUCUGACGCGCAUGAGCCAAUCACGAUGCGCUAAGAGCAGUGGCCUGAAAGGCUGCCAAUUGACGGGAUAACUCGGACCCCGCAGUCAGCUUAGUGCGUGUUUGUGUGGAGUGGCCGACUGGUGGACUGUCUUGACACCGCGUCCGGGUGCAGAAUGGGGAAAAAAGAGUGUGGUAGUGUGCACAAGUCACCGUCUCUGUUCUCACCUUGCAGAGAAGCACAGGGUGGACAUCGUCGAACUCGACGAUCGAACUAUCCCUGGUGGACUGAGUCAGACUGCAGUGGCUGCUUUUUAAUGUGGCCUUCAUAGCACUGCCACUCAGGAUCCAAGUCGUCCUUGUUUUUCCAGUUGUGAAACUUCUGGUGAGUUGUGCGUGGAGGGACCAGAGGUGGUACGCCUAGGAGCGGGUCUUGCCGUGCCAGUCACUUACAGCCUUUGUCACUUCCGGUCUUCUUUACUUUACCAACGACGUCAGGCCCAGGUGGGGAAGGAGAGGGCGCAGUAGAUGCUGCGCAAGUCUAUUAUCACUAUAAAUGAGUGCACCUGCAAGACGUCGUCCCUGCUCUCACUAUCCUGCGGAUAUCGUUGGAAAGGACGGCUGAACUGUCACUUGAUGGGGACACCAAUCAGGGGAAAAUAUAGCGGGACGAGUUAGUAGGUGUUUGGGGUUAGAACUGCCCAGCACCCACACGCCCUGGAUGGAAUCGAAGGAAAUCACUACGGACACAUGACUACAUCCGUAGGAUAAUUGUCGACGAAUACCAGGGCGACUGGAAUCGCCAUGUCUGACCUAACUGCCGUCCUUGUCAACAAGUCAUCACCCGCCUUCAGACUGUAGAAACCUGAAAUUGGAUUCCGGGUACAAGUCGGGAGACAUGCUGUGGUCGAGAAUGGCCAAAACAACCUAGCAGUGAUAUUCGCUACCAACCCUAAUUGCAUGGCAGCAUAAGGGCGCGCGCUCCAAUCAACCUCGCAUUCGACGGGGCGCCAGAUUAGUGGAAUUCAGCUCGGUGUGCUAAGAGCUGUGGCCUUAAAGGCUGCCAAUUGAGGGUAUAACUCGGAUCCCGCAGUCAGCCCAGUGCGUUUUUGUGUGGAGUGGUCUACUGGUAGACUGAGAGUAGUAGGGCUGCAAUAGCUGCUUCCUUAUGUGGCCACUAUGGCACUCCCACUCAGUGGGAUCCGAGCCGGUCAGCCCAGUGUGGGGAGAGGGGAAGAGAGUGUGCGAUGGAUGCUGUGCAAGUCCACUUCCCAGUAGAAGGGAAGGGAGAGUGAGGUCGAUGGCUCAGUGCAUUUUCCACACUAAAAACAAUCCGACGCGCCCGAAACUAUCAAGGUGCGCCAAAGGUCGAUGUUUGGAAGGCAGCCAACUGACGGGAUAACUUGGACCUCGCAGUCGGCCCAGUGUGUUUUUGUGUGGAGUGGUCUACUGGUGAUGGUGUGGUAGCACUCAUCAGACCCAAGUGGGAGGGAAGUAGAGAGAGUGCGGUAGAUGCCUUGAAAGUCUACCACUGUCAAACAAAUCCACGCACAAGUCAUCGUCCCUGCCCCCACCCUGUUGUGGCAUACUCGUUGGACGUCAUCGGAGUCGACAGCCGAACGGUCGUCAUUCGCUCUGCACCCAAUCAGCAUUGUCAUAAAGUCCGCUUUUAUGUCCCUUUUCCUUUACAAGCCAUUUUGCCCUGUCUUUGGGGGAAGACCUCCACUGCAUAACGCUACAGCACCCUCCCCCCCACUUAUGCUUUCUUGCCGGCAGAAUCAACUACAAACGCGCCUUCAAGAACCAGAAGUACGGCCAUGGGGGUCAGAAGAAGCGCUCGAAACGCAACGACGCGGAGUCUAUUCGUUCGAUCGGCAAGGAUGUGCGUGUCCUCACACACACGGCCUCAGCCUCGCGUGUUAACAAGCUGAGGAAGUCCAUGCUGAAGUCGAAGAAGAAGAACGCUCAGAGGCAAAAGAAGAAGCUGUCGAAACUUUAA